AUGAAUUGCCAAAUUAAUACCAACAAAGAAAUUGAUGAAUUUAAAUAUGACACGAAAUCUCCCUGCCAAGUACCAUUCAGUAGUCUUAUCAAAGAUGCAAAGAAAUUUCUGCAAGACAUUAUUAAAAAGGUUGAUGGCUUACAUGCUAUAUUAAUAACUGAUCGGGAUGGUAUUCCUGUUAUAAAAGUCAAUACUGCGGAUACUCCAGAAGUCGUCUCGAAAGCCGGAUUUUUAGCAUCGCUAAGCUUAGCUGUUGAACAAGCUGGAAAGCUAGGGAGUGGUAGAAAUAAAAGAAUCAUUUGUAUGUUUAGUAGCUUUCAGGUUGUUCUGUUCAACAAAAGUCCUCUAAUGAUUACUCUAAUUGCAACUUCAAAAGCAAAUACAGGAUUUUUACUUAACAUUGAAUCUGAACUAAGUAGUUUUAUUGAAGAUUUACAAAGAGCAAUUGAAGAUAAUCAAAGUUUGAUCUGAGUUCUGUUACAUUUUGAUGGCUGAAUGGUUUUGGCCAUGAUAAUUGAUUUUGUACAUACCUAUUUAUCUUUGUUAUGUGUAGUAAAAUAAAGUAUUUUGAUUCUGUA